GUUAUUUUUGUCAUGAAAAACCAAACUUUAAAACUCAAAAUUGCGCUCUAUUGCAAUUUUUUAAUAAAACACAGAAAAAACUGCUCCUAGGAAGAGGAAACAGAUAAAACUGCUUGUAACUUCUGGUAGGAAUGUCGGAUAGACAUGAAACAAAAACCUCAAUGUAGGUCUCACUUAGACCUACAUUUCAGUCGCGGAGGCAGUAGCCAAAGCGGAGCAGCCAAAGGCGGACCCGACCAACGCUGCUUGUAGUGUUAUUGUAGUAUUUGAAUAAGUGCAGCAUUCAUACGGAAAAUUCCAUAAAUGUGUAGGUUUUGUAAAAUAAUGCAAAUAAUGCACAUUGUUUGUUAUAUUGGGCAAAGCUUUUUUUUUUUUUAAUUUUGCAAGGCACAUGUGUUUAUUAUUUUGGCAUGCAUCACUCCAAUAACUAUCUCAUUAUUUCCACUUUGUGGAUGCUAUUCACAUAUCUUGCAUUUAUAUUCUUGUAUUUUGGGAUUGUGUCAUGAUUGACUUGACGUGUGAAACGUUUGCCGUGACGUCACGCCCGAGACGGCCUUGUAUUGGUCGCCUGGUCACGUGACUCGUGCUACUUCCGCUCUCCGGGUUGUUUCGGUAGCCAUGACAACGAGCUCCCCUCCCGCCGCCCAAAGUUGUCUUCGAUGGCUACAAAGAUGACUUCCUUCCCCAAACCGCACCGAAAGACUUUAAAAUGCACGGUGCGGCUGGAUAUCCACACAGUGACAUGUCCUGGCAUAGACCUGUACAAGAAGGGGGGCAUCUACUUCAACGUUUGCAUCAUGGGGCAGUCCCAGAGGACGUCCUGCUUGCCGCCACGCUUUCCUCUCCAUUUCAAUCAGCGCUUGGUUUUUGAAAAGACUUUCCCCGGCGUUGUUGACCCUGCUGCAGUGGCUGAACUCCUGAAAGCUGACACUACAUAUUUUGAGCUGAUUCAAUUGGCGUCUCCAGAGAAAAAGAUCCUGGCCACAAUGACCGCAAGCAGCAAGCACUUCCUGUACCCCGGCCCCAAUAUGAGUUUCAUUGAUGACUCCGCAGACAGAGAUGCGGAGAUGAGGGCGAGGUCCUGCUCACUUGGUGGAGUCCUGCCCACCGUGGCCUUUUCCGUGGCGUCCUUCAUUGAAGAGUGCGAGGAGAGAGAGAGCCUGCCUGACAGGAAGCCUCCCUACACCCAGCAGAAAGUGAUGCCCCGCUUUUCCCCACCAAAGCCCCUUGUGACCUCAGCCCCCAGGUCUCCAAACAUUCCAAGGUGGUCGUCACCAAGACGUUGUCCCUCGCCGCCGGCCUGCUUCCACACUUCCUGCAAACACAGGGCACAAAGGAAUCCGAAGAUGCACGGUGUUUAUAUGGAACCGGGCUAUCAGCAGCCCACCGUCGCCUCCAUGACACGCGCCCUGUCGCCGUACACCCAUCGGAAAAUGUGCCAGCUCUCCAAAGACGCCGAGCAGAGGCUCAAUCACCUCCAGCUCGGGCCGUACUACUUCAGGAAGGAGACGGAACGCCGGCCUCCAUUUUUGGUUCCGACUUCCAGCAGUCGAAUGGAAAGGUCGCCACCAGAGAGUAACGUGCACUGCUGCCGCCAAGUCAGCUUCCGAGAUGACAACACUGGUUCUUUCUACGGCCGUUACAGACGCAGAACAUCCAGACAGCAGCAGCAGCAGCUGGGGUUACAUUCGCUGUGCACGUCGUCUCUUGGGUCGUCAUUCAGACAAGAUGGCCUGACCCGAAGCCCUCAGAGGAGCGCCUCCAUCGCGGCCUCGUCUCAGUAUAGAAGCCCUGUGACAUCCGUGCAUUCCCACAGGGAAAGGCUACAGACCAGUGAGACCAGUCCAUCAUACUGGGAGCAGAUCCACAGCCGGGUCCAGAAGAUCCUGCUGACACACGGCGUGUCCAUGGACGCAGAGAUUGGCCUCUAACCCUCCCAUCCCGGCUAAAAGUAACUGAAACACAAACGCUGUUGCGUAUCGUACAGUAUGUCUCACACACACACACACACACACACACCUUGUUACCUCGCAGUGAGUCUCACGCACGCCAUUUCAUCUCCAUUUGAUGAUCAUUCACAUCCAAAACAUCCCCUCUGGGCCUUUUUGUCUUCCUCCCGCUUAAAAAGAGCCAUGCUGCAGGGGUGAUGUUAAAAGCCAAGACGAGACAUUUUUUCUUUUUUUUCUCUAAAGCUGCAUGUGAAAUCAUGCGGGAAUAGAAAGAGCAACGUGGGUGUGUGUGUGUAAGUGUGUGUGUGGGUGUAAGUGUGUGUGUGGGUGUGCGUGUGUGGGAAGGGUGAAAGCUGCAGAUCUUCACAGCACAAGAAGGUAGAGAGAAAGGAUGUGACAAGAGUGUAUUGAAUGGAAAGAUUAUGACAAAAAUGAAAUAAUUUACUUUUUAAAGGUAUUGUAAUGAUGGGGAGAAAGGUAAUUCUACCAAAAAUCUGCUUUAAUGAAGAAUUGUUGUCAUUCUAAUCAAAGCUGAUUUCAUUUAAAAAUGGAAUCCCUUCCACCUUUGGCAAAACAUAUAUACAUAUAUAAACAUAUAUAUGUAUAUAUGUUUAUAUAUGUAUAUAUA